GUGGCGCAGACGCUCCUGUGUGACGCGACGGCCGAAGAGCUGAGGGAUCUGCCGCUGGCCCGCCUCGACACCCCCACCCGAACCGCCCUUGCCCGCACCAGGGAUGUCGGGGUAGGCGUCAGCGUGCUCCCACGGGUCUGGUCCGCCUGGCACCCCCGGGUACCCCUUCACCGGAAACACCAACCCCGGCUUCGUGUUGCCAUCAGUGAAGAGGCGAUACCAGAUCUGGAGGUGAGGCAUGUGGAACGUGCGCAUAUGCUUCCACGCCGAACCAGUGCUGCUCUCACCCCAACCGAUCGGCACCUCGCAUACCUUGCAGCAUCACGCCCCGUCCCCCCCCUCAGGCUGAAAGAACAUCCCCUGCAUCAGCCCAGGGACAGCAGUACCCCAGUACCCGACUGUCACCUGAGAGCUGUUGCCCGCUCGCGACCGCUUAUGCUGUCCACCCGUGCCCCCUCCCUCCCCACUUGGGAUGACAGGCCGCCCCGGUGCAGGCGUACCACACUCCGCAUGACCCCCCUCCCCCUCGCCCUCAGCAUCCCUAAAGGACGGGACGCCCGUCACGGUCAUAGAACUGCAUGACGGGACACCUCCCAACCCUAAAUUAUGCGCUAGAAUGGGGAAUCCGAGGGGGCGAUUAGCUCUUGGAGCCCUAGAUCUCCGAAACCCUAGAACCCUAGGGCAAACAACCCCUCCGUACCUUAAAUCCGCCCUAAUGAUGGAAAAAAACACAUUUAGGUACGGGAAAUUUUGUGACUAAAGCGGGUGGUGCUGUUAGGUGGCGCGAGUAGGAUAGGGACUAGACGAAACCAGAUCUGGGGAGUUGGGGAAGAAAGUUCGACCAAAUGGUCGAAAUUUCCAACCCUCCCCAAUUUUGAUCGAACUACUGCCGACGGGUAGCAGCGCGACCCGAUUUCGGGUCGGAUAUACCCGACCCGACUUCAGGUUUAUACCCGAACUCGGGUAUUCAAUACUCGACCCGGCGGGUACCCGUUACCCGCGUCGUCGGGUAGCAUUUCGGGUAUCGGGUACUAAAUACCCGCCCGGGUAACCGGGACUCGACCCGCCGGGUAAUUAACAGGAAUCCCGCUACCCGACCCGCCCUAAAAGUGGAUCCGGGUAACGGGUACCCGACCCGGUCGGGUAUUUUGAUCAAGCCUAGGUCGGGUAGUGGUUCUGGGCCAGCUACUCGACUACUACCCGACCCGAAGUCGGGUACGGGUGGGUAAUUACCCGCUUUUGCCCAACCCUAGCUAACCCCCACCCUCCUCACCACUUGGCCAUCCCAUCCUUCGUCUACAUUUUCCCUUCACGUAUGCUGCUCCUAAAUUGUACUUGCAUUGCAUGUGUUCCUCUUUACCCUCCAUCUGCUGCACUGCACAUGGUAUCAAUUGGGUGUGUGGCCCUCCGCUUGCUGCAAGUACCUGUGCAGGGAUCUAAGCAUGAAUGAGUUCACAGGACCAAUUUCUUGGUCAGUAGGCAAUUGUACCAAGCUAAACGAGCUGAACCUCCGUGGUAAUCGUCUUAGCGGAACGAUUCCUAAUACAAUCGGCAAUCUACAUGCUUUGACCUACCUUGAUCUCUCGCAAAACUACCUCAUGGGCCCCCUUGUGAAACUCUCAGCAUUCAAUGUGGACCUUUCUAACAACUACUUGUCUGGUGUUCUGCGUAAACCAAACUGCCGUCGACACAAUCUUGCUGCCAAUUGCUUUAAAUUGAAGAAAGGUUGUCACUCGAAGGUACAACGGCCGGCAGCAGAGUGCAAAGCUUUUUGUGGCAUCGCCCACACCACUGCUGCUUGUGGUGGUCGUGGCAUCUGCUAUCCAGACGGGCCCAGCUUGGUGCCAACAUGCUUGUGCAAACCGGGAUUCGUGGAGUUUGUAGGAAUCGACUGUGCUGAGGAAGGCUGGAACCGAAGCAAGCCUAUUGUCCCCCCAUUCACUGUGCUCACCAAGGGGACGCAAAAGGAGUCACAGGGAAAAUUCAUCGCAAACCCGGUGAUCCUGUUUGCUAACCCAGCUGGUCCGAGCCUUGGAUGUGGUGUGGAGUUGGCUUUCAGUGUCAGCUUCACCUUCUCCCUUAUUCCGCAGUCUGGUACCUUUGGGUCAAAUGGCUUUGCAUUUGUGAUCUCGGCAAAGGCCAAGGUGGGGAACCCUGAUGGUGUAGGGUAUGGUGGGGUGGAGACCCGGAGUGUCGCCAUUGAAUUUGACACACGUUGGAAUGAUAAUCACGGUGAUAUAAACUCACAACACGUGGGGCUGAACGUCAAUGGCAUGGAUCAGUCCUUGGUUGCUGAGGUGUCACCAUUCACACUGAACGACGGCAGUGCAUACACAGCAUGGGUGGAUUAUGAGCCUGGGGAUCCUGGGACCAUUCGGGUGUUCCUGGCUAAUUUAAAUGCUGGAACCCCCGCCCCUUCCAUGUAUUCGGCUGCUAUUAAUGAGAAUGUGAUUCAGUACUCCGUCCCAUCUCCUCCCCCACAUCCUCCCCCCUCCACCACGCUGGACUUUGUCCUUGACAGUGGAGCCACCGAGUCCGUCCUUUGUGAUGCUGGUACCCUUCACCUUCUCCCAGCCCCCACCUCCCUCCUUGGUGCCGAUUCCAGCUUCUCUAUUCCCUGUCGCCACACCUCUACCCUCCCCUGUCCCCUCUUCCCCUCAGGUACCGUUACUGGUUUACACAUCGCCUCCCUCUGUACUAACCUCCUCUCCCAGCGAUCCCUGCAGCAGGCCGGUAUCACCACCGUAGCCUCCUACUGUGAGUUUCAUGGCAUUCGCCAGACUCACACCCUCCCCCACUCCCCCCAGCAGAAUGGUGUGGCCGAGAGCCGUGUUCGAGAGAUCACCAAGAUUGCUCGGUGUCUCCUCGUCCAUGCCUCUUGCCCCCCUUCUCUGUGGGGCUAUGCCCACCUUCACGCCACCCUCCUUACUAACCUGUACCCCCACCCUAUCCUUCCCUCCACCACUCCCACCGAGCUCUGGACGUCGGCCAAGCCUGACGUCUCCUCCCUCCGUGUGUGGGGCUCCAGGGCACAGUCUUACAACAAAACACUAGCCCAACUCUGCCGUCGAGCGCCAGUACAGCAGUCCCAACAGCAGCAGCAACAGCUGCAGCAGCAGUUCCACCCACCGCAGCAGCACCAGCAGCAGCAGCCGUCGCUCCUUCCUCGCCUUCACCCGCAGCAGCAGCAGCGACAGCAGCAGAUGCAGCUAGGCUUGAGCAACGGGUCGGCCCUCCUACCCAUCUCCCCUGACCUCAGCGGCACACCAGUCUUCGCCUUCUCCUCCGCCCCCACCAUCUUCGUCCCCGCCACGUACGAGGAGGCCAUGGCGUGCCCUGACGCUCACCUCUGGCUCGCGACCAUCCUCAAGGAGUUGGAGGCGUUUAUUGCCAACUCCUCCUUUGUGGAUGUGCCCCGCCCUCCCUCUACCACGAACAUGGUCAAAGGGAAGUGGGUGUUUCGAGUGAAGCAGCUUCCUGGCGAGCCGUCGGUCUACAAGGCCCGCUACGUCGCCAAGGGCUUCACCCAGCGCUACGAUGUCCACUUCUUCGACACCUUCUCUCCCACCGCCAAGCCCGCUACCAUUCGCGCAGUCCUCGACCUCGCCGCUCGCCUCAACAUGGAGAUUCACUCCAUGGACGUCUCCAACGCAUUCCUCCAAGGGGUUUUGCGCAAGCUCAUUUACAUGGAGCGUCCUGCAGGCUUCCACCUCCCCUUUCCUUCCGACUCUGUCUGGCAGCUGCGUCGACCAGUCUAUGGGCUCAAGCAGGCACCAAGGGAGUGGCAUGCCAAGCUUGCUGCCACCCUCGCCGAGCUUGGCUUCAGCACCUCCCGCGCCGACCCGAGCCUCUUCCUCCGCACCUCCCCCUCCCCCUUCUACAUCCUCGUCUAUGUCGACGAUAUGAUCCUCAUCACUGCCGACUCCGUUGAGCUUGAGCGCGUCAAGCGUGAGCUUGGCAGCCGGCUCAAGUGUAAGGAUCUAGGGGAGCUGCAGCACUAUCUCGGCAUGGAGAUUACCCGCGACCGUGCUGCUCGCACCAUCUCCCUCUCCCAGAGCCACUACCUACAGCAGGUCCUGGAGUGGUUCGACAUGGCUCGAGGCACCCCUCAGGUCACCCCUCUUCCUGUUGGGCACCACCUCACUCCCCUCACCUCCCCCUCCUCCUCCUCCCACCCCUACGCUGAGCUCAUCGGCUCUCUCAUGUAUGCCAUGGUCUCCACCCGCCCCGACCUGGCAUACCCCAUCAGUGUUUUGGCCCGCUUCGUUGGUACCGGCAAGCAUGAUGCCGCCCACUGGCAAGCGGCCAAGCGUGUCCUCCGCUACCUUCAGGGGACCAAGGACUACGUCCUUACCCUUGGCGGCCCCUCCCCUCCCCUCCUCACUGGCUACUCUGAUUCCUCUUGGGCUGACUCUAGGCCUGACCGCUGCUCCUCUCAGGGCUAUGGCUUCUCUCUUGGCAGCGGCCUCAUCAGCUGGCGCUCCACCCGCUCCUCCUCCAUUGCCCUCUCCUCCUGCGAAGCAGAGCUGUAUGCCGCUACCAUGGCUGCGCAGGAGGUCCGCUGGCUCACCUUCCUUCUUGAGGAGCUUGGUGCACCUCAGCGCUGUCCCACCAUCUGGUGCGACAACGCCAGCACAAUCCACCUCACGAAGGAUGCUGUGUUCCACGGGCGCUCCAAGCACAUUGAGCUUCGCCACUACUUCAUUCGCGAGCUUGUGCAGGGUGACCACCUCCAGCUGGGCAAGAUUGACUCUGCUGCCAAUCUUGCGGACACCUUCACCAAAGCCCUCCCCCACGCCGCCCACUCAUCCCUCCUUCGCCUUCUUGGACUCGCUCCCCCCAUUCCCUUGUCCGCCUCCUAAUUCAAGUCCUCUAGUCUUAUGCAUGUUGGGGGGUUGGGUUGUGUUGUAAAAUAUAUAUCUAUACAACAUGCAUGCCUAGAUUAGGAGGUGUAGUCAUUAUGAUUAUUGGGGGGUUGUUGGUUGGGUUGACCAGCCCCACAUUUGGGUUGGUCAAGAUUGGAUUUGGUCCUAGACAUUUGGUUGGCACUAUUUCAACCAAAUGGUCCUUGGGCCUAGGAACCAACCAAUCACCAAGCACCACACUUUGUGGUUGCUUGCCUUCCAAGCAAUCUCUCUCAUUGGUCCACAUUGUGGCCAAUCGGAGAGCACAACACUUUGUGGUUGCUUGCCCUACAAGCAACCUCUCCCAUUGGUCCGCUUUAUGGCCAAUAGGAGAGCUUCCCUUCCAACUCUUCCUUGCUCCUUGUUUUGUACAAAAAAGCCUCUGGGCUCCCUACUCAAUUCAAUCUUUUCUCUUCCAAGCUAGUUCCUUCAGUAGCAAACAGGGAGGUACCUAUGCUAAGCGCGAUAUAACGCGAUAUGCGUUAUUAAAAUAUCACGCUCCAUACAUCCGCAUAUCGCGUCGCGGAAUUGCGCCAGAAAGGGGGGGGAACAUGGGCGUGGGCCCUGAACUUAGCAAAAAUUAGGGUUCUCUGGUUGUAAUGGCGUGCGGAAAUUAUGCGCGGCUGUUUGGGGUUGGCGUAAUUGACGGGGAGGUGUUUGUGAGGAGCUUGGAGAGGAAGGGUUGGAAAAUCUAGUUGAAAAGGAGUGCAGUGCGGUUGAGGGGAGGGAGUUGGUUGGAGGUUCAAAUUUUGACAUGGGCGGUGGUGGAUGGAAUGUGGUGGUGUGCGGUCAAAGGGAUUUAGGGGGUUGAUUGAAAUCUCGACCCCCACUAUGUCAAUUGGUUGGAAGUCCAACCAAUUUCCACCACUUCAACCACACUACAUUCCUCCACAUCCACUGAGUCCAACCCCUGCCCCUCUAACACGCUUUACAUCAGAGAGGGGCUACGAUAUCCCAUUCUCCCGUUAAACUUCACUCACCUAAUUCCUCGCACACCUAGGAAAGUCGGCCUUGUCGUUCUGCUUUUCUCCUCCGACCCCUAAAUGCGAUGCGAUAUUAAA